UACCGCAAUAUUCCAUAGGAUUAAAAAACAAAACAAGAAUAGCCUAUUUGGUGUCAUGGUGACUUUAAAAUGUGUUUUACUAUUACUGAUAUAUAUUUUAAAGAAUUUAAAAAAAAAGUUUUUUUAUGAGGAACAAAACAGGAGAAGGAUGCAUAAAGUCAGUUUAUUAACUUCAUAUAUUCAGUGAAACACACUUUCACCAUUUCAUGUAACCACAGUGGGGCGCCAUGGAGCUCAAAUGGAAUCUGAACUCUUCUUGAAAGUUCUUACUGAUAAGGAAUUCGUGCAAAAUUGACAGUUUCUGAAAAUAUUUGAAACCAUUCUGUAUGCUUUAAUGUUUUAAUUUUAUUGUAAAAUAAAUUUUUAAAAAUGUAUUUGUAAUUAUGUAAUUAAUUUUAGUCAAUUUACGCAAAUCACAACACAAUCACAAAUGCAUUUAAAAUAUUUUUCCAUCAAAAACUGAUUGACAUUUAAAUGAAAUGUUUCUUUUCAUGAAGAAAAGCUUCUAUUAUUCUAUUCUAUUGUUAUCAACUUAACUAUUUAAAGUGCUUGAUUUAAUGCCUACACUGAGGCUUCGCUUACAAUACAACAUUGUAUUGUGAUACAUAUCCAGAUAUGCUUGGAGGUAACAUAGCUUGUUAUAUUUGAUCACUAUCAUUAUCCUUGUCAGCAUUACCAUAAGUGAUUUCAUCUUCAUUUGUCUAUUCUGCAUCAUAUUUUAUCUUCUCGGAGGAAUAAUAAGAAAAUCUUGCUGUAACAUUACAAUUCUCUUUGUACAUUAUGUGGAUGAAAACUAUAGUAUACAUGAUUUUUAAACUGUUAAGUAUCACGUCAGUUUUUUUAAUGGUUGUUAUCCGGUCUGAAAGAUGAGUGACACAGGAUCAUGCAGCCACAUGUGGCUUUUCCUCCAGAGCAGCAUUAUGGAGAUGAGUUGUUGUGUGGAAGUAUUAUGUGAAUGUGAUUAUGUUAUGGAGAGGCAUGUGCUUGAAUGAUAAACAACAAGUAAAGGCGGAGCGCAGAAUGUGACAAUGUGAGUGAGGGUCUUGUGUUUAAUGAUCCUGUCACCUUGACUCUUUAAAAACACAGAAGCAAGAUUUCAAGAUUUCUCAGAACAAAUUAUAAAUAAUAAUAAUAAUAAUUAUUAUAUUUUAUUAUUAUCUUAGAUUGAAUACAGUGGGACACCUUCUGAUAAUUUAGCUACUGUUGCUUAAAAAAAAUAUAUGAUCCAAAUGUCACCCCAUAUUAGUUUAGUUAGUGAAUACUUGUCUCACUUGACCUGUAUUCAUCAUUGUAACAAACAUAAUACAUUUAGCACUAUUUGGAUUUAUUAAUUGUGCGUCAAAGAUAUAAUAAAGCCAUGGUUUGUGCUUUUUUCUUCAUGUAGUGAAGAACAAAGGUGCAAAGCAAUUGUCUACGAACAGAUCUUUGAUAAAAGUCUCAUAUACGAUGACCAAGAGGAGGGGGGCUCUGAUUGUGUCCCAUUCAGGAGCGUGAGAGAGAGAGAGAGGGAGAGGGAGAGAGAGAACGCUGUCUGGUUUCAAUAGAUCAAAGAGCACUGCUCCUGAAUGGAGUCAUUUGCAAUUAUAAGAAUAAUUAGCAUCUGUGGGUCCUCCAUCGCUAAUCAGAGUCGGAGGUGAUGUGUUUAUGUCCUCGCGCAAUCAGACGGCCAGUUGGAGAGCUCGCGCCCCGCAGGACUCAAUAGCGCCUAAUCAUCAUCAGAAGUGAAUUGGCAUUUAAACGGUAAAAUGAUCUCCGAUUAAAUUAAUGCUUAGCGGGGAAAGAGAAACCGCUCAGAGGGUGCAAUUUUAGACCUCUUUUUCUUUGUUUUUCUUUUGUCGUUUUUUUUUCUUCUUAAAAUCUAAAUUAUAUUCUCAACUAUUAAAGGAAAGUAUGAUUACUUUUUCUCUUAAAGUCUUUUCCUUCUUAAUUUUCUGUGUAGCUACUUAACAUAUUGUCAAAUUAUCUGUAUGAUUAAUCAAGGACCUUUCCUCUGAAUAUCUGAAGGUACAUGACGCUUUUUUGCCUAUUUAAGUUAUUUAAAAAUAGGCCUACAUUACAAUGGAUUUCAUGCACAUGAUUAUUAUGUUUUCAAGUUAUGAACUACUGUCAUUUUUAUAUUUUCCCCCUAGUUGAUGUAUGUUCGGAGAUCAUAAAAAAGAAAAAUGUAUCUUUAAAAGGCUGAAAUACUUGAGGGAAAAACAGACCCCUUUAGACUCGGCUAUGUGUCAAGGUCAUUAAGUUAAACUUUAAAAUAUAAAUAUGUAUUUAUUUAUUUUUUAAAUAAAAAGGCAGGGUUGUUGAGGUCAAAUGAAGAAACUGCUUGUUAUUCAUGACCAGUGUGCGAAUUAUACAGGGACGACAUUUUAAGGGAAUUUCUGUCAGUAAUUUUCAGAAGAGAUCGUCUCGCGCAACUGAAUCGUUGUUUCGCCGCCCUAACACUUGGCAUGACGUAAGCCAUCUAAACAAAACUUUUUGUGAUAUACAUACUCUCGAUAUAGCCUAUUAAUGUAGAAUAAAGUGAUAAAUAAUGACAGUUGGCUUACUUGUGUUUUGUGGAAGUUCCGCCCGGAUCCCAACGGAAAGCGCUCGCGCUGCCUGCUGUUACUAUGGUUACCCCUCAGGCGAACUAACCGCAAUUUCUUUUCGCUAGCAUUUAGCGAACUUAUGUAACUUUCUGAAAGUUAUCUGAAAACGCUUUUGAAAUGUAUAUAUUUUACAUUUCCACACAAUUCGCACUCUAUUCGUGACUAAAAAGUCAUGGAGUUUGUUUAAAAAAAGACAUUUUGACAAAAAGGCUACAUUUUUGUUAAAGUAGGCUAGCCUAGGUAAUGUAGCCUAUAAGGAUUAGCCUACACAUAAGAACUUGACGUUUUUCUUUCAAAUAGAUUAAGAAAUUGCUCAGUCGUCUAGAAAAUCCAUCUUUGAACAGAUAUAGCAUAUUUACACCCAUAUCUGAUAACCUAAUACUUCCCUAUUCUAUAUCAGUAAAGUGUUCACACAGAUCUCCACAUUCAAACGUCAUUUCAUCAGUAAAAUCUCUCUCUUGGGGAUAAUUGUCGGCCAGAUUCACUCUUUCUCCGAAGAGAAUAGAAAAGACUCUCUCUCACAAGAGGGUCGAAACAUCUGCCUCUCCGCCCUCACGACUCCGAUGCCAUCGGCCUCUAAAAGAAUCAACAAAAGAACCGUUGUUAUAUAUCUUCCCUUGAAUACAAAGUAAUUACUUAUCAUCAAUCAAAAUUAAUAAUAGUUGAUUGGGUUGGUGUGGUCAGCGCAGUCCCCUCACAUUCGCUUUCCAGAGGAGGGGACUUGACCCACUGGGAAACUACCCCCCCUCUCUCUAGGCGGCCUAAAAAGUCAGGGACUGAAUAAGGAAAUGAAGCGUAAUUUGAGGAAGAUGGAUGAGUCUCCAGGGCAACUCCCCCUUCUAUCCUCUUGUAUUGAUGAUAACCGAGAGAAAGAGAGAGAGAGAGAGAGUGCGAGAGCGCGCGCGCGAGAGAGUGUGAGAGAGGGGUGUGUGUGUGUUUAUGUCUCAGUAUGUGACAAAUAGAGGCUGAGACACUGAGAGCUCCACACAAAAAAACGCAUCAGGUCUCAGUCAGUUGGACGGCGAGGACCCUACAGGAUAACCGUGGACCACAUUUGGGUGAUUUGUCUCAGAAGGCCACUGCACGGGAUUUAUACGACCAGACCGCGCUCAGUUCACCAUGCAGAGACCGAGCGGUCCGGGCACGGCGUUUUCCAUUGAUUCUUUGAUUGGCACUCCACAGCCCCGGCCGGGCCACCUGCUCUACACGGGCUACCCGAUGUUUAUGCCGUACCGACCGCUUAUGAUUCCACAAGCCCUGUCUCAUUCGUCAUUACCGUCGGGUAUCCCUCCCUUGGCACCGUUGGCAUCGUUCGCGGGGCGUCUGACCAACACUUUUUGUGCAGGUUUGGGGCAGGGGAUGCCCUCCAUGGUGGCGCUCACCACCACCCUGCCCAGUUUCUCGGACCCUCCAGAUAGUUUCUAUCCCCCGCAGGAGAUCCCAGGACCGCGGUUAGGCGCGGACGGGACGGGGAUGAACCGGCAGGAGAGCCCGCAUGACGAGCUCAAGGGCUCCGAACUCCUCAAUUUCACGGAAACUUUUCAGGCGGUCGCAGGCGAAACCAAACUCUACAGUUCAGACGACGAGAAACUGGACCUGAAAUCAGCGGAGGCCGCGUGCAGUGACAGGGAGGACAGCUCAGCCGACAGCGAGAACGAAAGCUUCUCCGACGGGAACACCUGCGCCUCAGCGUCCCAGAAAGGCAAACUGAAAGGCGGCUCACAGGACGCGUUACCGCCGGCCGGCUCGGCGGGAAAGAGCCGGAGGAGGCGGACUGCUUUCACUAGCGAACAGCUGCUGGAACUCGAGAAGGAGUUUCACUGUAAGAAGUAUCUGUCCCUCACCGAGCGCUCUCAGAUCGCGCACGCGCUCAAACUCAGCGAGGUCCAGGUCAAAAUCUGGUUCCAGAACCGCAGGGCCAAAUGGAAACGGAUCAAAGCCGGGAACGUCAACAACAGAUCCGGGGAGCCUGUCCGGAACCCCAAAAUCGUGGUGCCCAUUCCCGUGCACGUCAACAGGUUCGCGGUUCGGAGUCAGCACCAACAGAUCGAACCGGGCAGCAGGCCAUGAACUCCUAAUGAAAGUGACCCUGAACUCCUCAAACGAACAUUUACAUGACCCACAUUCCCACAGGUCAGGGGUCACACGGCACAGAUGCAUGAAGCACAGACCUUUCAGUAUCUAGAAGGAUAUUCAGUGACUUUUAAGUAACACUUUCGCAAAUUAAAAACUCAAGGUUUAUACAAUGCUUAACGGAUCGUCGGUUUAUAUACGUCCAGUUCUGAAUAUAUGAAUUAGAGUUUAUGAUAUUUGAAUGUAUAUUGACACAUGACCUGUUAAGCAUUAUAUUAUAGCCUAUAUUUGACACUUUUAUAGGCUGUUCAAUAUCGACAUUACUUUCAGGUUUGUUCUUUUCCUUCUCUCCCCUAAAAUUUCUUUAUUUUUAAUUUAUUAUUUUGUACAUUUGUAAAUAUGAAAUGUGUCCGUGCGACACACAUGUGCACUAUACGAGACUGUAAAGAGACAUUUUUUAAAAAAAAUAAGUAUUUAUAAGUUGCUGUCUUGUGAAUUUUUGCAUGUGUUGCCAUUUGUUGUCUGAUUUCCCGUAUGGUUUUAACGGGCCGUUCUUGUUGUUUCGACCAUUUUUGCAUGUGCUCUUAAAGCGUUUCUGUCCCUUAGAGACGGAAUCUCCCCCAGUUCUUUGUGGAAGAAAAAAAAAACCGGUGAUGGAAAUAAAUAAGCUCAAGAACACAAUGGAAGAGUGAUAUAUUCACAUCGACGUCACAAUAAAUAUGGUGCAAUAUGGUUGCAUAAAAUUGGGAGAAAAUGUAUUCAUUGUAUGCAUGUUUGUUCUUCUUAAAUUCUCUUUCAGUUUUUGUGCAAACGAAUUAAUUAAUUAUUGAUUAACUCAUUGAUAGAUUUUUUUUAGCCUAAAGCAUAAAGUGACUACUGGCAAUUACUUAUUGGCAACUAUUUAAUCAUUUUUAUUUGUUGAUUUAUUUAUUUACUCAUCCACAAAAAUAAAUUUAGCAUGCAAUUAUAAAGUGUAAUUAAUAAUACAAAAUAAUAUGGCUUGAUUUACGAUAGUUUUCCACUAAAGAUAAUCUAAAAGGACAUGAUGAUUAUUUAUAUAUAUAUUCCACUGUUGAAUAUUUUCAAUUUCAAGAUAUUACAAAUUACACUAAAUAUUAAUCUUGCAAUAUUUGUUUUAAUGCACAAACUAAAAUAUUGAUUUUCCUUUUUCUGCUUGAAACAGUUGUGGAUCUUUUAAAGGUGUCUUUGCUCUUCUAAACAUUCAGCAGAUUUACUUUACUUGAUGCAUUAUGAGCAGGUAAUAGAGCACAUCUGUCAUCAGUGUCAAGAGACCAUGGGGGUCUCAAUAAAAUGAUUUUCCUUAUAUUAAAAA